AUGGACCCUGGGGAUGUCCCGACGUUUCUCCCAGAGCUAACCCAGGUCGAGGAAAUGCUGGUAUCUAGGGUACAUACCAUUAUUGAAGUCAGACAGAUCUUUUUCUCCGUCUUUCGCUGCCCAGAUCGCAAGAAAAAUGGCGGAGGCGUUUCCAAGUCCGCCUUCCCGAAUCCCGAUCCGACAGCCCUUAACGUCACCACCAUGACCGCUGAGGAAGAUCCUACACAACAUUUGCACCGUGGCAUCUUCAACACCCUCGACCAGUAUGGUCUGCCAGCGAAGUCACUUUUUCAUAUGUUGAAUGCAACUAUCCCCGGUGCCAGCUUUCCUCUGCUUCGCGUUGUUGUUGCGAGUGAUCAUUCGGCUCUAGUGGAGGUGAUCAACGGGGACCACUUUUAUAUCCCUACUUUGUUCCCGAUCCACUCAACAGCCGAGCUUUCCAUUGCGUUUCACCAUCUUAAGGAUGAGAUCGUCCGGCUUCUCGACGAGACUCUUGGAACCAAAUGGCAACUGGUUUGUCCAUUCAACAUUGGCAGGGAUUCCCGUUCCGCGCGGCCAGCCCUUGGUGUUGGUGUUCUACCCUCAACAAAUGCAAACUGGUAUCAGCUUCAAGCCCACCUGACGCAUCGACUUACAUCACACAUCCGUCCUAUUUUUACAGACAUCGAGUUCCUCCCUGGGAAACUCAGCCUCCUUGGGGAGGGUGAUCCUGUCUCAUUUAAAGAUCGCGUCAAAGGUCCUAAGGAUAUUCAGAUGGGAUGUUCAAUCGGCGUUCGAGGAGGUAAUAACGCUAGUACCUUAGGAGGCUUUGUCGCGGUUACAUAUGACGGCGAAACGCACCGUGGCCUCCUGACCAACUACCUUGUUAUGCGCCCCUCCCCCCCAUAUGCUAACCUUGAUACAAUCAAUCGUGAGGGCGUAUCUCCUCUCUCGCCUAUCCCCUUCCAGGGGGCAAUCAGUAUAGAAUCUCUAGCCAGGAUAGACCGUGACUAUACCCUGACCGAUCUUGACGACCAACUACAAGCCCUGGAGACACAGAAGGCUCGGGUCGUAGACUUCAUCCGGCAACGGCAGCUCACUAGCGAUGCACCUCGCGCAUCCUCCCAACAACAGCUUGAAGCCGUUGAAACCUGGGAGAAAACUCUGAUUGCAACGCGCCCAGUCAUCCAGGCGAUGCCACACGUCCUAGGUGACGUCCAUUCUGCGUCGGGCCUCUUAGUCCAUGGCCGACGUGUUAUUGAUUGGGCUUUCGUCGAGCUAACCCCGGAGGCCGAGGAGCGCUUCUUUAGGCCCAACCGAAUGCCCGAAGUCCCAAGGAACCAGAUGCCUCGAAGCGGCCCCUCCGGUCCACCUCCGGCUCUAGUCGCAGCAGGCACCCGUCUCGACGAAUUUAGCUCGUUACAGGAAGACACGUACUAUAUCAAACAAGGGCGCACCACCGACGUCACAGGUGUAGUGUGCAACGGUGUGCUGUCUGUUUGCAAAUGGGCGACACGAUACGAUAUCAAUGGUAAUACCGUCGACAGCAAAGAUCUUCGUACGGAGGAAUUCAUGAUAAUAGGUAUCCAAGAUCGCUUUAUUGAGUUUGGUGACUCUGGCUCAUUUGUCGUGGAUUCGACCGGGGCCGUUGCGGGCCUCGUAUUCGCCGAAUUCAAACACAACCUCCAGGCUGUCGGACUCGCAUUAACAGUCCCGGAUCUUAUGGACACGAUGGAGGGUCGACUUAAAGGUCCCGUCUCUCUCCGUCUCCCAUAA